AUGAAUUUACUUCUGCAAGAUCCAUUUUCUGUGUUGAAAGAAUAUCCUGAGAAAUUAACAUUUACAUUGGAGAACCCGUUAAGAACAGAAUGCUUGGAAUUUAGUACUUGUGGUAAUUAUUUAGCAUUGGGAUGCUCCAACGGAGACGUUGUCAUUUACGAUAUGGAUACCCUCAGACCUAUUACAGUCCUUGGGAGUGAAAGUGGUGCACAUGUAAGAUCAGUACAAUCGUUAUCUUGGUCACCUGAUGGAAGGUAUAUAAUAACUGGAUCUAGGGAUUGGUGUGUAAAAUUAUGGGAUUUGAACAAACCGGAAAGGCCGUAUAGAGAGACGUUAUUCGAAGGUCCAAUUUGGAAUUGUAAAUGGCUUGAUGCUGAAAACUUACGGUGCGUUGCAACUGUUUCAGAGGAGGACCAUGUCUUUAUGAUUGACUUUAAUCAUGAAACUCCCAUAAUUCAUCAGAUAAGGAUAGAAGAGGAUAUUGAAUCCAAUAAAGGACAUGUAUUGACGUGCUGCGUUAAUCCUAACUUCCCUGAUGUUAUAAUAACGGGCACCUCGAAAGGAUGGUUAAGUUUAUUAAAAAUAGACAAUCAUCAGAUGGAUAACAAUGCAUUUACCUUUUCAUCAUUGUAUUCCACCAAAAUUGUUAAUUCAAAUAUAAAGGAUAUCAUAAUUUCACAAAAUGGUGAUCGUCUCGCAGUAAAUUCAUCUGAUAGAACGAUAAGACAGUAUGCUGUACAAAUGUCCGAAGACUUAAAAUUCGUGACAGUGGAUCUAGAACAUAGAUACCAAGAUGUUAUCAACAAGUUGCAAUGGAAUUGUAUCUUUUUCAGUAAUGGUUCAGCAGAAUACUUGGUGGCGUCCACGCAUGGAUCUUCUACUCGUGAAUUAUACCUCUGGGAGACUGGUUCAGGUACAUUGGUACGUGUACUUGAAGGAGCUGAAGAAGAAUUGAUGGAUAUCAAUUGGAAUUUUUAUAACAUGUGUAUAGCCAGCAACGGGUUUGAAUCUGGCUAUGUUUAUAUCUGGUCAAUAGUAAUACCACCAAAGUGGAGUGCAUUAGCGCCUGACUUCGAGGAAAUAGAAGAAAACAUUGAAUAUCAAGAGAAAGAAGAUGAAUUCGACCAAGUAGGAGAACUGGAACAGCAGCAUGAGUUGAUACAGGCAGAAGAAGUCCCAAUAGAUCUGACAACCAAAGAACGUUACGAUGUCAGGGGAAACGAUCUUUUAAGACAAGACUUCGUUAUUCCCAUGGACUAUCAACGUAUCCUACUUAUGCAUUCAAAAAAAUAA